AUGUAAUCUGAAAUUAAUAAACCAUCCAUCAUUAUAAUUAUUGGGGAUUUUGACAUGGAUGGUUCAUAAAAUCAAUUAGAAGAUUAUAUUUAAAAUGAAAAAAAGCUAUUAGUUGAUUCGAUUAAUUCAAUUUAUAAAAAUUAUGAACCAAAUUUGAUUUUAGUUGAAAAGGGAGCUAACAAAAUUGCAUUGGAUGAGUGUCUCAAGAAAAAAAUAACUGUUUUGACAAAUGUUAAAAAGAAAGUACUUUAAAGAGUUAAAUUGUGUACAAAUGCUAAAUUUAUAAGCCUGUCUAUAUUAAAAUAAUGCAUUGAAAGAAAGGAAUAAAUAGUUGGUACAUGUGAGAAGGUUUUUUUUAAACAGUUUCCAAAAGUUAAUUCUGAAAAAGGGGAAAUAUAAAAGGAUUCAACCUUAUGUUUCUUGAAAAAUUCGUCAUGUUAAAAAUUUGCUACAAUUGCAAUAAGUGGCCCUUCAGAAGAAUUGUUAUCAAAACUAAAACAAUGUUUUAUCGGAUGUGCUAGACUUGGUAAACAUUAAGAUUUGGAAUCUCACUUUAUCACUACUGAGUGUUCAAUGUUUAAAAACAACUUAUUAAAAUCCAUAGCGAAUUAAGGUAAUUUCACAACAUUUUUAUUUGAGAAGAUUCCUUUAAAAGAAUUAUUCAAUAUAGAAUUAAAAUAUAUUAAGAUCAAUUAUGUUAUUGCUGAUGUUAACAAUUUUAACUACAUUAAAGACUUUUCUAGUGUAGAAGAAUAUAAAUCAAAGCAUCCAUCUUAAAGAGAUAAAUUAGAGGAGUUUUCAAUGGCUCGGAUGUGUAAUAAGCCAUAGGAGAAAAAGUCUGUGUAUUAUCAUGGGGAAGAUAUUUGUUUAGGCUAAUUUAUUAUCCUGAAAAUAGCUAAUAUGGAUAAUAGAUGCGAAUUCUGUCACCUACCCAAAAUAGCCCAUGUUUCAUUUUAUUAUUGGAGAUAAAUAUAUUUAAAUAAGUGUUGAUUAAAAAAAUAGAAGUGGAAGAGUCAUAUCGACUAAUAAUUUUCUUAGUUGUCAAAUGAAGAUGAAUAAAGAGAUAAUGUAUACACUGCAAAAGAUAUUACUAAAAUUGUUUUAUAAUCCCAUUCAAAUUAAAAGGGAGAAAAAAAGAAGAUAAGAAUAGAAACUUAUAUUUAAUGUAGCAAAUGCGAUUUAAGUUCAAAUAUUGUUAAAUUGUCUAGCCUAAAUUUAGACUUUUCCUUUUUUUAGAUUUAUGUAAACGAUAUUGAUGACUCCACCAAACACAAAUGAUAAACAAACAGGCUAAUAAAUUAAUUGUAAUCACCAAUUGCAGAGAAUAUUUACGUAUGAUGAGUCAAUGGUGAAGAUUUAAGUUGGGGAAGUGGAAGUAUUCAAUACAAUAAUAUAAAGUACUUUAAGUUAAGAAUUACUAGAUAAUUUAAAAAAUUGGGAAGAAGAAUACAUUUAGACUUAAAAAAAAAGAACUUUACUAAAGAUAUUUAAACAUUACGUUCUAGUUAACAUAAUUUAAGAAGACUUUGUCGAAAAAUGUUGAAGUAGAUGGUAUUGAACAAUAUUCUGAUGAAAAAUUUUGGUAGUAAAAGUUCUCAAGAACAGAAUAAAUAUCUGAUUUACAAUAAUUUACUUAUACUUUGAGUAUUUAAUUACAAGAUAUAGGGGACUAAAUAAAAACUGAAAUGAAAAAGUUUCUGAAUAAAAAUUCUAUAAUUAUAAGCUUAAUAGAGCUUGAUCAUCCAUCUCGUACAAAUAAAGGACACCUGUCUGGAUAAGACGACCUCAUUCAUUCUGAUAGUAUAGUUGGAGAUGACAUAGAGCAUUAAAGCGAUUAAUUUAGUGAGAUGAAAUCAUCAAUUUUUAGAUAAAAUGAACAGAUUUGAAGAAGCUUUGGAAAAUUAUGAUUCAGCAAUAUAAAAAAAUCCUGAAUAUUCUGACUAUUAUACGGGCAAAGGUAUAAUUCAAAACGGAUGACAUUUUAGCUAUUACUCUAAGAAAAAUGAACAGAUUUGAAGAAGCUUUGGAAAAUUAUGAUUCAGCAAUUUAGAAAUAACCACAAAACUCCAUCUAUAAGUCAGUUAAAGGUAUAAUAGUAGCUUUACAAAUAUUUAGCUCUCACUUUAGAUCUAAUGACUCUUAUUAAACAAGCAUAAUAAAUUUUCUGA